AUGCAGGAACUCCAUAUUUAUGAUGGUGUUCAUGCCCUUUUUGCUAAUAUUGGCUGGGAGCGCCUUUUAUCUGUGGAUUUUGCCACCUGUCCCCUAUUGACCCAAGAGUUUUUAGCUACGCUGAGUGAGGUCAAUCAUGAGGGAAGCUUUUCUUUUCACAUUUUUAGCACCCCUCACACUAUUCACGUGGACCAGUUAUGUACUUUCUUCCAUACCCCUAUCACCAGUUUAUCCCAACCCACCCCAGCUUUUGACGUACGCGAGUUUUGGUACUCCAUUACCGAUUUGGAGUUUUAUGAUUCAACCCAAUCCAUCCAGACCAGUAAUGUGCACACUGUUCUCAAAAUUGCAUUGAAAAUUAUAUGCAAUAUUAUUUAUGCACAUAUUGAGACUACAAAAGCCGACAAAGCCGAGCUUUUUCUUUUGUGGUGCAUGAUCAUCGGCUCGCAUUGCCCGCAUUUUGGUGAUACUAUCAUCAAAUCCUUCCACACAGUUAUAGCCCUUCGCACCGGCGGUGCAAUUCACUAUGGUGGUCUAAUUUAUGUCAUUGCCCACUCCAUCAUGCUGCAAUCUCCUCCAUGGUACACCUUAUUUGUGGGUGAUUCUUUCCGUUUGACCCAGCAGACCCUUUGGGCUAUGCACAUGCUUCGUACUGCCCCAUGUAGGUAUGUUUGGAUGCAGGGCCGCUUCACUUAUUUCAACAUUCCUCCACCUCUUCGCCCACGUAGGGCACAGCAGGUUCGGUGUCCACAGUCUGAUCGACCAUCUUGGUCCACUCAGCACCCAGAUUGUGCAGAUGCCACACCUAUCUCCUUUAGCUAG